CAGGCUGUGGAUGAAGCUUCGAUCUGAUGGCUCGGUCACCUACAGGGGGUUCAAAGCCCACAGGAAUGGUUGUGGUGGAACAUUGACCACUAGUGCCGGAGGUUUCACCUCCCCCAACUACCCUCUGCCUUACCACCCCAAUGCUGAAUGCUACUGGCAUAUCAAAACCAGCGCAGGAAGAAGUGUUGAGCUCAGCUUCGGAGACUUUCACUUGGAGACUACUUUUAACUGCUUCUACGACUACUUGGUGGUUAGACAGUGUUGUCUUAGACAACCUGGACAAUUUAUUGAUUUAUUGCAUAGUGAUUUGUGGUAUUAAAGGGAUA